AGAGUAUUGCUAUUAGGGUCACACCCGGGUGGACUAAAGUGACAAAGGAUAUGGUGUUUUCUUCACUGCCCUUAGCACUCCGCGAGAGAUCCGAGGCAAUCUUCGCACCUCGCAAGACCAGAUCGGAUUUCCUCCAAUAAUAACAAAAGCACCGUGAAUGCAUAUGGGUUCGCUGCAAGGCCAAGCUUCAAAUUUCCUAAUGUGAAGGAAGGAUAAGAGAAGGCAUUUUAGUGUGUAUUCAACAGACAAUUGAAUUUGCGGAAACCUGCAUGUUUCGAUUUUAAAUCAUAGGCCUAUAACGGGAUGGGUAAGGGCUAGUUAGUUGUGUACUAUAUUAUUUGGAGCGUGGGGGACACCUAUCAGGAAGUGACGUUCACAACUUUCGGUGGUAUUCCGCGCCGAGGUUUUGGACCCAGUAUAGAAACAAUGAUGUCCCUGUUCACUGGAGCGGACUUGCAGUAAUCCCGUUCGGAUUUCGGUGGACAUUGUCAAAUUCGCUUGACAAGCGUACUAUGAAAUCAUCCAGUCUGUCGCAUUCAGCUCAAUCUGAAGGCAAAACGAGCGUGGUGACAAACGUUCACUUGGCCCACUCCGAUCCAGAAUCUUCCAAGCAAUUGUGGAACGUUAUUUGCCAGCAAGGGCGCGUGCACAGAAUUUCUCCUGCAGAAAACGGUUGGGAAGGCUCGAAAGAAUGGCUGGGUGAUGUGAUAGAUGGGCGAGGUGGAGUCUUGCUUCCGUCCCUUUGCCAUUCCCACAUACACCUUGACAAGUGUUUCAUUCUUGAUCAAUGUGAUCAACUAGCUUCGGGAUCAUUGAAAGAAGCGCUACAAGUCACCAAUAAAGCCAAGGCCGCUUUCCCGCUACAUUUGGGCGACCUGUAUGAUCGUGCAGCGCGCUUAAUCCGUGAGAGUGUAGAGGCAGGUGUCACGGCCAUGCGCGCACAUGUUGAAGUUGAUGCUACAGUAGAAUUUGAAUGUCUGAACGUUGGUCUGAGGCUCGCAGAAGAAUGGGCCACUGUUUGCGAUAUUCAAAUUGCAGUGUUCGCGCAAGAACCUCUCUUCUCAGAUGCUGAAGCAACUUCUCCUGGUCCAAACUAUCAUCUUCUUGUGGCAGCAGCAGCUCGCUCAGGUGUCAGUGUUGUAGGCUCCGCUCCUUACUUCGAGCCAACAACCGCACAGACACUGCAAAAUAUCAGACUCAUCUUCGACCUCGCUCAAUUGCAUUCCCUACAUGCAGAUUUUCAUCUUGACUACAAUCUCGAUCCUUCCACUCAGCCACUUAUAUGGACUGUCAUUGCGGAGAUGCGAGCGCGUGGAUGGACACGCGCGGCGUCAAGCAAAUGUGUAACCGUUGGGCACGCAACGCGCCUUGGACUGCUGCGCGAGGAAGAAUGGCACCGGUUAGCUAUAGACAUGAAGGAACUACCACUCGCGCUUGUUGGACUCCCUCAAAGCGAUAUGUAUAUGAUGCGAGGAGCCACCACUGCUUCCCGCUCCCUUGACGUCUCUCGCUUGUGGCGUAUCUAUGGUGUACAUAUCGCAAUGAGCGUGAAUAAUGUUGAGAAUGCUUUUACACCUCAAGGAUCUCUUGAUCCACUCACGUUGGCGAGCCUUGGAGUAGGAAUGUUCCAAGUCGGUGCAGAAAUCGACUGGAUGGCACUGCUGCGUGCUGUCACCAUUUCGUCCAAGGAAGCCAUUGGCAUAGUCUUCAAUAUUAACCAGCAGAAGGAUGACCGUGGCGAUCUGGAUCUUGUUCCACAGCCCGGCGAAUAUGCAGAUUUUAUCAUAGUGCACGAGACACGGAGAUGGCAGUCAGCAAUUUUGAACCCUGCCUUUUCUCGCACCACGGUGCGGAGGGGAAAUGUCGUAGCGACGAGGAAGGUAGACAGAUGGAAUGCUAACAUGGGUGAACUUGAAGGAACAAGAGUAUAGACAUCAUAGCCCGAGUCAGUGGUUGCAACGACUCGAAGUGUGUGGGUUCUUGUAAGCCCGCGCGAUGGCCAAUGAUGGACAGCCUGACAGUCUUUCUAUUCAUUACUUUCAGGCGAUAUAGUGCUGACCUGAGGCUCUUUGCUAUAACUUGGCUAAUAUUCGUAUCAUGCUAUUCAUGUCUAGAUGUUGCCGCGUUCUCCAAGUUACGAUGUCACGUAGCACAUAUCGACCUCUUAACAUUU